AUGGAAAUAAGGCUAAUUUUAAAGGCAGCUGGUUUUAUUUUGCUUCUCAUCACUGGUAUACCUGCAAACCUCACCAUCCUGAUAUCAUUCAUCUGUUCCUCAAUUUCUGACAAGAAACUCAUGCCAACAGAUUUAAUUCUUACCAAACUGUCUUUUGUUAAUGUUAUAGUGGUCCUUGUGAGAGGAAUUCCACAGGCUCUGACUGCCCUUGGAGUGCAGAAGAUUUUCAGUGACUAUGGAUGUAAAUUCGCUGUCUUCACCUACCGAGUUUGUCGAGCAAUGUCUAUAUGUACAACAGCUGUACUGAGUAUCUAUCAGUGUAUUGUCCUCUUACCUCCUUCAUCAAAAUGUAAAACCCUGAAACAAAAGGUUACUCAGAAUAUCCAGCUUAUCUUUCUUUUUCUAUGGGGCAUCAACUGCAUAAUUUAUAUACCUGCUGGAUUUAUGUAUUCUCAAGCUGAACUGAAUUCGAGUAUACCCAAAUAUGCACUAAACUUUGAAUUUUGUUUUGUUCUUUUUCCUCAUGAAGCAUCAUAUAGAGUUAAUGGCACAGUAUAUACCUUUCGAGACUUCUUAUUUGUUGGGCUUAUGGCCCUGGCCAGCAGCUACAUUGUUGCAAUUCUGUACAAACAUAAUAAAAAACUCCAGCGUAUGAGAAAUUCUGAACAAAAACAAGGUAGUACCAUAGAGUUAAGAGCUGCUAAAGCUGUAGUUAUGUUGGUUACACUAUACCUUGUUUUAUUUGGGGUUGAUAAUGCCACCUGGAUGUAUAUUAUCAUGGCUGCUCAUGUGAAGCCUGCAGUUUCUGAUGCUCGUGUCUUCUUUGCCUCAGUGUAUACUGCAGUUAGCCCAAUGGUAAUAAUUGGAACAAACAAAAAACUUCAACAAAAACUGAAAUGUCUUUCUAUGAGCAGUGACAAUAAGAUAACAAAGACAUAUAUAGGUACUGUAGCAGAAAAUACAGCAUCUUAA